CCAUAGUGAUGAAAUGUACUGCACUGUGCCUUGUGGCACUGGCCUUGCAUGUCAGCUUAUGUGAUGCUCAAUGGAACCCUCGUUCUAACAAUAUGCAACCUGCAUACCCAGCGCAACAGCUUAGCAAUCCUCCUCCAAUUCCACAACAGACAAAGCAGACAUUUGAGAAACCACUCACUUGGAAAUACCCUAUAGUAGCCCCGUCUGAGGCCCCAGUCGCGGUGCCUUUCAAGCUGAGAUAUCCUGUUUCUGCUGCAACUGUUGCUGUUGAGUGCAAAGAGAAGGUUGCUCAUGUGGAAGUCAAGAAGGACAUGUUUGGGAUUGGCCAGUUAAUCAAUCCUGCCGAUAUUUUCCUGGGAAACUGUGCUCCUAUUGCAGAGGACCCUGUUGCUAAAGUGUUGAUUUUUGAAGUGGCACUGCAAGAUUGUCAAAGCACAUUAACGAUGAAAGAAGAUUCCCUCAUCUACAGCUUCACUCUGAACUAUGUUCCCCAUCCUCUGACCAUUGCUCCUGUGGUGAGGACUACCCAAGCUGCUGUAAUUGUGGAGUGCCACUACCAAAGGAAGCACAAUGUGAGCAGCCUUCCUCUUGACCCCCUGUGGAUCCCAUUCUCUGCGGUUAUGGUAGCAGAUGAAUUCUUAUACUUCACCCUGAAACUCAUGACGGAUAACUGGCAAAAUGAGAGGCCAAGCCAUCAGUAUUUCCUGGGAGACAUUAUAAAUAUUCAGGUUACCGUUAAGCAGUUCUUCCAUGUGCCGCUCAGAGUUUAUGUGGAUACCUGCGUAGCUACUCUGUCAGCUGACGCAACCUCCACCCCUAGCUAUGCCUUUAUUGAUAACUUUGGGUGUUUGGUGGAUGCUAGAAUCACAGGCUCUCUCUCUAAGUUCAUGCCUCGCGUUGCAGACAACAAGCUUCAGUUCCAGUUGGAAGCCUUCAGAUUCCAGGGUGUUGCCAGUGGAGUGCUCUACAUUACCUGCCACUUGAAAGCGACAUCUGCUAACGUGGGCAUCGAUGCUACACAUAGAGCUUGUUCCUACAUCAAUGGUUGGAAGGAGGCCAGCAGAGUUGAUGCAGCUUGUAGCUCCUGUGAAUUAGCUUCAUUUGGACCACCUGGCAAUUUACCUGGUUUAGCUCUACCAGCUUUCCCUCCAGGUGGUGGAGUUAACACUGGUGCCUCUGGUGCUGGCAACAGUGGCGGCUCAACUGGUCAUGGCAGCGGUGGCGGCUCAACUGGUUAUGGCGGCGGUGGCAGCUCCACUGGUUAUGGCGGCGGCGGCGGCUCAACUGGUUAUGGCGGCGGUGGCGGCUCAACUGGUUAUGGCGGCGGUGGCGGCUCAACUGGUGCUGGCAGCGGUGGUGGCUCAACUGGUUAUGGCGGAGGCGGCUCAACUGGUGCUGGCGGAAGUGGCGGCUCAACUGGUUAUGGUGGCGGUGGCGGCAAAACUGGUUAUGGUGGCGGCUCAGCUGGUGCUGGCGGCUCAACUAGUUAUGGAGGUGGCUCAACUGGUGCUGGCGGCGGUGGCGGCUCAACUGGUUAUGGCGGCGGUGGCGGCAAAACUGGUUAUGGCGGCGGUGGCGGCUCAACUGGUUAUGGUGGCGGCUCAACUGGUGCUGGCGGAGGUGGCGGCUCAACUGGUGCUGGCGGCGGUGGCGGCUCACUGGUUAUGGGGGCGGUAGCGACUCAACUGGUGCUGGCGGCGGUGGCGGCUCAACUGGUUAUGGUGGCGGAUCAACUGGUGCUGGCGGCUCAACUGGUGCUGGCGGCGGUGGCGGCUCAACUGGUUAUGGCGGCGGUGGCGGCUCAACUGGUUAUGGUGGCGGAUCAACGCUGGGGCGGCUCAACUGGUGCUGGCGGCGGUGGCGGCUCAACUGGUUAUGGCGGCGGAUCAACUGGUGCUGGCGGCGGUGGAGGCUCAACUGAUGCUGGCGGCGGUGGCGGCUCAACUGGUUAUGGCGGAGGCUCAGCUGGUGCUGGCGGCUCAACUGGUUAUGGAGGCGAUUCAACUGGUGCUGUCGGCGGUGGCGGCUCAACUGGUGCUGGCGGAGGAUCAACUGGUGCUGGCGGCGGUGGCAGCUCAACUGCUUAUGGCGGCGGCUCAGCUGAUGCUGGCGGCUCAACUGGUUAUGGAGGCGAUUCAACUGGUGCUGGCGGCUCAACUGGUUAUGGUGGCGGCUCAACUGGUUAUGGUGGCGGCUCAACUGGUUAUGGCGGCGGCUCAUCUGGUGCUGGCGGCGGUGGCGGCUCAACUGGUUAUGGCGGCGGCUCAGCUGGUGCUGGUGGCGGCUCAACUGGUUAUGGCGGCGGUGGUGGCUCAACUGGUUAUGGCGGCGGCUCAGCUGGUGCUGGCGGCGGUGGCGGCUCAACUGGUUAUGGCAGCGGUGGCGACUCAACUGGUGCUGGUGGCAGUGGCGGCUCAACUGGUGCUGGCGGCGGUGGUGGCUCAACUGGUUAUGGUAGCGGUGGCGACUCAACUGGUGCUGGUGGCAGUGGCGGCUCAACUGGUUAUGGCGGCGGCUCAACUGGUGCUGGUGGCGGUGGCGGCUCAACUGGUUAUGGUAGCGGUGGCGACUCAGCUGGUGCUGGUGCUGGUGCUGGUGGCGGUGGCGGCUCAACUGGUUAUGGCGGGGGCACUAAGACUAAUCCUUGGAGAAAGGGUCGAGAUGUUUCCCAAAGCGAAAGGUUCGAAUGGGAAGGUGAUGUCAUGCUGGGUCCCAUCCAUAUUAGAGAAAAGAAAAAACAUAAUUAAAGAGUAAGAAAAAUGAAAGUAUAACUUGCUUUACAGUGCCCUCUGUGUUAUGCUAAAUGUUACAUAAUGAAUUACAUCUGGAUGGAAAUAAA